CCUAGCAAUCCACUUUUUCCGCCAUCUUCCGACCAAAUUGUUAAUCUUUUUUUUUUCCAGCUGGCGCCGAAACAAGAACAGCUUCUUCCUACCUACACUAUCCCUUCCACAUUUUCUAAAAAGCCUCAAGGCCGUACGGCAUCGUAAUUUGAGCCUCCUUUCGUGAACGACAUACAUUUUUUGUCGUCACUUUUUUAUCAUCUCCUCUCAAUCCCAUACAUAUUUUCUCUUUUUAAUUCCACCUCCAUCCUCCAAUAGUCACAAUGUCUGCACCCGCAGAAAAGGCCGAUGCCCUUGCGCGACAAGCUGCUGCCAAUGCUCCAGGCCAGCUUAGCGGUCUUGCUCUUUACUCCAGAUUCGCCCUUGCCGGUGCUGUCUGCUGUUCCGUUACUCACGGUUCCCUUACUCCUGUUGAUGUCGUCAAAACAAGAAUCCAACUCGACCCUGUCACCUACAACCGUGGUCUCAUCGGUGGUUUCCGUCAAGUUAUCGCCAAAGAAGGUGCCGGUGCUCUUCUCACCGGUGUCGGCCCCACAUUUGCUGGAUAUUUCCUUCAGGGAGCUUUCAAGUUUGGUGGAUAUGAAUUCUUCAAACAACAAUCUAUCAAUAUCUUAGGUAUCGAAAAUGCCUCGAACUACCGUACCGGUGUUUAUCUCGUCUCGUCCGCUUUCGCCGAGUUUUUCGCCGACAUUGCCCUAUGCCCUCUCGAGGCUACUCGUAUCCGUCUCGUUUCCGAGCCUACCUACGCUAGCGGUCUAGUGAGCGGUUUCAGCAAGAUGCUAUCGCAAGAAGGUGUUGGUGCUUUCUACGCUGGUUUCGGACCUAUCCUGUUCAAGCAGGUUCCUUACACCAUGGCCAAGUUCGUGGUCUACGAGAAGGUCGCCGAGGCCGUCUACCGAAAAUACCCAAAGGACAAGAUGUCCAACGGCCUACAAACCACCGUUAACUUGGGAUCCGGUUUGAUCGCUGGUUUCGCCGCUGCUAUUGUUUCCCAACCCGCCGACACCAUGUUGUCCAAGAUCAACAAGACCAAGGGUCUCCCUGGUGAGGGUACUACCAGCCGUCUUAUCAAGAUCGCCAAGGAGCUUGGUUUCCGUGGUUCAUACGCCGGUAUUGGCGCCCGUCUCUUCAUGGUUGGAACAUUGACUGCUGGUCAGUUCGCGAUCUACGGUGACAUCAAGAAGGCUCUAGGAGCAUCCGGUGGUGUAGAAAUCAGCAAAUAAAGGAAUUUUCUUACCUAGGAUGGACGAAGGAUGUAAUGAUGAAUAUAAUGGACGACACCCCCUUAGUACAUGGUGUGUUCUCGGGGCGGCAUCAGUCGUUUAGAAUACGGCCUAGCAGCUUGACAUGAGCUUCCUACAAAAGCUGCUUUUCCUUUUCCUUUUUGCAUUUAGACAAGGCGGUACUGGACUGGAAUUGCAGGCUUCUCUCAAAUGUGACAAAUAAGGAGGUUUUGGAGGGUUCUCCUUAAACUCCAGGAUCUGAGAUGCCAUAAGAUGCAUAGAAAAAUAGAUGAAAAGCAUCUAGAAGCAAAAGACAACACUUCCUGAUGGAGGUUGUAUAAUAGACUAGUUCAUAUUCUUCAAGUCUUCAUCCC